UCUCCGAGGUUCUGUAAUUCUUACAACAGAAGAUGAAGCUUUUAACUGUUACGGACUGGUGCGGAAAUAAAUCUGUACUGUAAUACAGUAGACGUUCAUUACACGUUUACUGGAUCACAAGUAGGAAUUUACCACUAUUACAUUAUGGUGUUUUAUCAGGAAUUAUCGGAAUAAAGAAAGAAAAGCCAGGCUGUACAAGAAAACGUUACAAUCUUUCAACCCAACAUCUGCUUGACGAUCCCACCGCUGACCUCUGACCUGUCAUAUGACAACAAACAUGGCGGUGAGGGGUAGCAUGUUCGCUGUCACCGCGGCUAAAGUAAGCUUAGUUUUCCUCAUUCUUCCCAACCUUUCGCGCCAAGACAUUGGUACUCUAGACUUGAACGGUGUAUGGUUAGCUAGCAACGGUGGCGGGGACAUUAACGUGAACGGCACGGUGCCAGGCUGCAUCCAUACCGACCUCAUGGCGGCAGGAAGAAUCGGGGACCCGUAUUUCCGUUUCAACGAUGUCGAGUACAGGUGGAUUGCCAAGGAAAACUGGAGCUACUCCCGCCAGUUUAACGUCACAGACCAGCUGCUGAAGCACGCAGAGGUCGUGCUGGUCUGUGAGGGUCUGGAUACUGCGGCUACAAUCACUGUCAACGGACACAACGUCGGCCAGUCAAAUAACAUGUUCAGAAGGUACACAUUUGACAUCAAGUCUGUGCUCCAGGCUGGGUUGAACACCAUCCAAGUUACGUUCCAGUCUGCCAUCAAAUAUGCAGCUGAGAAGAACAUGAGUCAUGCAGAUUACAUGGUUCCACCAGACUGCCCCCCUGCUGUACAGAAGGGUGAAUGUCAUCCCAACUUCAUCAGGAAGGAGCAGUGUUCAUUUAGCUGGGACUGGGGACCGGCAUUCGCAACGCAGGGAAUUUGGAAGAAUAUCAGCAUACAGGCCUAUGACAGUGCCGUGAUCAGAGAUGUACACGUGACACCAAAGAAAGGUGACGGGAAGACCACACUCUGGCUGAUCGAAGUCACAGUCUACAUGGAUGUCGCAAAAACAACAAAAGCACCCGUGACUGGUCUGGUCAGUGCACAGCUACAGGGCUUCCCAACCCUGUUUGUCAAGGACAAUGUCAAGUUGAAGUCUCCAAGUGACCAUCUCACUCUAACAUUGAAUGUGAGCUCACAAUUUAAGGUAGAAACUUGGUGGCCAGCAGGAUAUGGGAAACAAAUGUUAUACAAAGUGGGAGUGACCUUUGUGAGCACAGGAACUGGUGAAGUUUCAGCAAAGCUGGUGAAGCUUGGACUCCGCACUGUGGAACUUGUCCAAGAGCCUAUCAAAGGAUCCCCUGGUCUGAGUUUCUACUUCAAGAUCAACGAUGUACCAAUCUUCUUGAAAGGUUCCAACUGGAUCCCUGCUGAUGCCUUCAAGAAUCGCAUCACUACAGCAUACACCAGAAACCUGCUACAGUCUGCCGUUGAUGCCAACAUGAACACCCUGCGAGUGUGGGGCGGAGGGAUAUAUGAACACGAAGACGUUUACGACAUCGCUGAUGAACUCGGCAUCAUGAUAUGGCAGGACUUCAUGUUCGCUUGUGCCAUGUACCCAACAGAUGACGACUUUCUAGGUAACGUAGGUGAAGAGAUACAACAACAGGUUCUACGGAUCGGUAACCAUCCUUCCGUCAUAGCUUGGAGCGGCAACAACGAAAACGAAGCCGCCCUUGCGGCAAACUGGUACGGCACCGACAACACAACACAACUUCACGCCCUCUAUCGUGAAGACUACGUGAAGUUGUAUGUUAAUGUCACCAUGGCAACUGUCUGGUCCCUCGACAAAUCACGUCCCAACAUCACCUCGAGUCCGUCCAAUGGCAAAGAGACAGAAAACGAAAACUGGGUGGCUAAAAAUCCUUAUGAUAGUCACUACGGUGAUGUUCACUACUACAACUACAAAGACGACUGCUGGGAUUGGACAAAGUUUCCCAAGACGAGGUUUGCUUCUGAGUAUGGCUUCCAAUCAUGGCCUUCGUACCAAACACUGAAGAAGGUGUCGACCUCGGAUGACUGGACACUUGACAGUGACUUUAAUGACCACAGACAGCACCAUCAAGAUGGCAACACACAGAUGUUGGACCAGGCAAAGUUUCAUUUUGCUUUGCCGACCGGAGAUGAUCCCGUGCAGCAGUAUGAAGACAACAUCUACUUGUCACAGGUUGUCCAAGCUAUGUGCAUCAAGACUCAGACAGAGUUCUACCGAAGGAGUAGGAGUGAGAUCAUUGGUGGUGAAGGCCAUACCAUGGGUGCCCUGUACUGGCAACUCAACGACAUUUGGCAAGCACCAACCUGGUCAUCACUGGAAUAUGGAGGGAGGUGGAAAAUGCUCCACUAUUACGCUGCCAAGUUCUUUGCCCCGGUCAUGACUGUUAUCUUCGAGGACAAAGAACAGCUGAAGGUGUAUGUUGUGUCAGAUUUGACCACCAAACUCAGCCAAGUUACCCUACAGGUCCAAGUCUGGACAUGGUCUAGUUUCAAGCCUCUCAAAUCCUGGACCAAGACAUUCGACAAGGAAGGCAACUCAGCCGACAUGAUCUUCAACGAGGCGACCGCACAGUUCUUGAAAGACGCCGCGUGCACCAAACGUGAGGCGUGCUUCAUAACAUCCGGCCUGUUGGACUCCAAGCAGAAGCCGUACGGUCCCACCAACAGUUAUUACCUCACGCCUCUGAAGACAGCAACAGGGCUUGCAAAGGUUAACAUAACUGUCAGUAAGAUCACCUUGCUAACAGAUGCACCUACACCAGGCACUGCUAGUGCCUUACAGGUAGAACUGAAGACUACAGGUCCAGCACCGUUUGUUUGGCUGGAUUCAGGGGAGGUAGAGGGUAGGUUCUCGGACAAUGGUUUCUUGAUGAAUGUAGACACACUGACGGUUCAGUUUUAUCCGCUUUACAGUGUGAAAGCACAAGAUUUCGAGAAGGAAGUCAAAGUGCACUCACUAAUGGAUAUUUACAGAAAGUGAAGUUAGAUGUCAUUAGAAUUGUGCCGAAUCUUUGUUAUUUUGCACAUCAAGCAGGUAGCAUAUUUAGAUAAAGGCAUCCACUGCAGAUUUAGUGCUUGGAAACCAGAUUUUUCAAAGUCAAUAUUUAAGUCACUCAUCUACAUACUGAGUUGAAACAACACUGUCCCAAUGUAUAUGGACA